AGCGCGGAAGUCAAAACCUAUGUUGGAUGAAACCAUGGAAAAAACAAAGAAGUUGAGUUUAAAGCGUAAAACAAUAAGUAAACAAAAUAUUGUAAAUCAUUCCGCUCCUAUUUUACUGGACAAUGAAACUGAUGAAGUGAUAUCGACUAAAACAGCAACGGUGUUAAAUUCGGCAGAGGCAGUAGAAGGAAACACUAGUCUGGGCAAGCUCAAGAAUCUGCUUCUUAGAAUCUCCUCCAAAAAUGCUGUCCCUGGUAGCUUUAUACCAUUCCCAGAGUAUAAUCCGAAACUAGACCAUACAAAGUGCUUUCAUCAAAGGGACACAACCACCCAUGGUCCAGAAAAUGCAAUCAAGCAAGAAUUCUACCCCUUUCCUAAACUCUGUCGGCACUAUAAAUUACACAGGCAAAAUUUAAAACAGUCUGAAAAUGCUGUAAUUUCCAACAAUGCUGCUGAUUUUUGGUCUAGUCAGAAAAAUGUUGUUAACUCUGAACAAAAGCACCUUCCAGUAAAAGGGAAGAUGGAUUCUAAUGAAUUUCCUGAAGAAAAUUGUUUAAUUCUCAGAGACAGGAAUUCAAAUCUAUAUUCACUUCAGACCAAAAAUCACCUCCUUACAGCUUCACGUACAUAUAACACCUAUGAAGCUAUAUCUGUGAGAUUGAAAAAUGAUAAUCCGGAAAUAAAAGAUAGGAAAGUUAGUCAUGAGGACAGCAGGAACCCAGUGCUAUCAGGAAAGCAAUUACCUAAUCAUUUUAAGAGACAUCGGGCUGAAUCCCUUGAUCUUGGAAUCGCACACUCAUCAACCAGUGUGGUCACCUGUAAUGAUUAUAAAAAAAGAAGCCAUGCAAUAGAGAAAACACAUCGAUUGCCAGCCACAGUUGCACAAUCACCUGUCAGCACUGAUCACUCGUCUGUUGACAACUUUCAUCAAAGGGACACAAACACUCAAGUUUCAAUAAAUAUAAACACUCAGGAGUUCUUCCCCUUACCAAAACUUGAUGACCAGGAGGCUCAAAGCACAAGCAGUAAAGCUAAUAAAGAGCGUGCAAUUGUUGCUAGAGAUGAAACUGCUGCAUCCUCAGCCAAGCAAACAACAUUAACCAGUUGCCCACUGUGCCAACAUGAAUUUGAUCCUAGGUUUGGACAAGUAGAACAGGACAGCCAUAUAGCCCAGUGUUUGUCCAUGUCAGAUGAUGUUGUCUGGUGAAUCCAUGUUCAUGUAUAUAUGAAGUAGCCGAGCAUGCUGUAAACAAUAUUGGUGAUCUACCUCAUUGAAACAUAUAAAUAUACCUUAUUGUUUGUAUACCUUUAAAUGGCCAUAGAGUAAAUGUAUUGUUAUCGUCCAUAAAGUGUUAAACUUGUGUUCCAUAUGGACUUGCCUAUCAUAAGCUUAGUUGGUGUAGAGAGCAGCACAAAAGUGUCAAUACUCAUUCAUGUUGGAGUUUUAUAACUCAUUUACAUAAAAUGUAUAUUUGAGACAUGUGUUAUCUAAGACCCAAAUGUUAUGCUGGUGUUUUCUUCAUGUUAUGCAUUGUGUUAGCUUUUUAGUAAAUUCUUGUAUGAUUAAAUUGAUUAUUGUAGUUAACUUAAGUACUAUCUCGAAUCAUAAAUAAACGUAAACAAUCUUUUA